UCAUAGCUUAGCUUAAUACUUAAAUUAUUAGUGAGAAUAAAAAUAUGGAAGGAGAAAAAUGCAACAACACUCUUAGGCCAAAAUCACAUAAUUUUAAGAUAUGUUUUUGCAAAUAUUGUGGUAGGAGAUUUCUGAACUCACAAGCCUUAGGCGGCCAUCAAAACGCUCAUAAGAAGGAGAGACGAGACGCCAAGCAUCAGAAACAAGAGACGAUGAUGAUGGCAAGUCUCGCGAUGCCGCCUUUGAUGCCAUACUCCUUUGUUCAGCCACACGGUGUUGUGUUGCAGCAGCAGAUCAUUGGUGCUCAAGCUGCAUUUCCCGGUACCGCCUUCUCGAAUAGUCAUCCUUUGAGUUAUGAAUAUUGGCCCGGAAGUUAUCGGGUAGAUGAGGGAGCACUGUAUUAUGUUUCAACGCAAGAAAUAAGUGAUAACCAUGUUCAGGCUGAAGAUGGUGCAGACAAGCAGAAUUAUUAUGAUCAGCAGGAAGUUUCAGAGCUGCCUGAUCUCAAUUUAGAUCUCUCUCUCUGAUAGUAAAUUUUAAUUUUAAAUAUUGAUUAUAUAUAUGAGUUGAUUGGUUGAAUUGUAAGUUGUAACAAGCUUGUUGUAAUAUCAUGGACUAA